AUGCCGUCGCCUAUCGAGUUAACGCUGGUCGUCGCGGCCACGCGAACUAUGGGCAUUGGCGCCAAGGGCGGCCUGCCCUGGACGGGGCUGAGGAAAGAGAUGGCUUAUUUCGCCCGAAUCACCAAACGGCCACCACUUCAAGCAACACCUGAAGCCCGCAAUGCCGUCAUUAUGGGUCGCAAGACAUGGGAGAGCAUCCCCACCAAGUUUCGACCCCUGAAGGGUCGACUGAACAUCGUCAUCAGCCGAUCGUUUUCCACACCUGCGCAGCCCGCAGAGGAUUCAAAUGGCGAUCUUGUAAGGGCGGCAUCUUUGGAACAAGCGCUGGCGUAUCUCGAGUCAAAGCCAGACCUGGACGUGACCAAGAUCUUUGUUAUCGGUGGUGGGCAAAUCUAUGAUGCCGCGCUCCAGCUACCUCAAGCGAAGAGGCUGCUCAUCACUCGUAUCCUCUCCGAAUUUCCUUGUGACACCUUCUUCCCCCUCAGCAUACCAGCGGAGGAGGAUUCCACCCCUGGGUGGACCAAGAAAUCCAACGAAGAGUUCAACGCAUGGGUGGGGGAGGAAGUGCCUGCUGGCGUCCAAGAAGAGAAUGGAACGCGAUACGAGUUCCAAAUGUGGGAAAGAGUCGAGGAGGAGGUGCAAGUUGACCGUUGA